AUGGUCAGGCGAUGCUGCUUUUUAUUGUGGUUGCCUACCAUUUAUGCUGGUGAUGUGGAGUGGAGCAACGGGGGAAAAACUAAAGCUAAGCCUAGCACGGCUGAGUUCAGUACGAUUGACGCGAAAGAGCUGAAACCAAUUUUUGAAGAUGGUUCAGUUCUCUUUCAGUCGCAUAACACGUUAGCCAAUGGUGUUAACAUCCCGAAGCAGUUGGGCACGUUAUUCCGUCAGUUUGAAAGGACGCGGAAUGAGUUGGGUCGUUACGCAUCGGUGGGAAUGGAUGCAUUGACGAGUCCGACUAUGGUGCCGGGUCAGCAGGGUCGUUUGCCUCGAUUGCGAGGCGAGUUGCUGUGCAAUCCGGAAUUGAUGGAUUGUGCAUCUGCAGGUGAUUUGGGCGCAGCAAUCGGUGAGCCAAUUUUGGAAGUAUUGCAUAAGAGCAACUUGUUCCGUUUGGGUGAUCAAUUAUUUAAGCAAUUGCAACAGGUUUACGAGCAUGCGACGAUGGGUAUUACGGACCCGUUAAUGGACACAUUGGAGUUGGAGCCGUUGGUGCAAACACUGGAGCACGUUUAUAAGACGAUCGGUAGCAAUAAUAUUGGGUUCCUUAAGCCGAAGGGACAGAACCCUUAUACUGAUACAUACCGAAACGCCGUCGAUCAAGUCCUCUUCAACUCAGCUGAACGACUUGGAUAUACCAAUCUCAAGGGUCAACAACUUCUAGACACCCUAGAGGACUACAUCACAUGUGGCGCCUGGCGUGACUGCGAUGGUGGCAAAGUUACCGGCAACGCCAAAUUGCGCAACCCGAAACCCUCAAGUCUCAUUGGCCAGAAUGCAGACACCGUCCGUGUCCUACAGCGAACUAGGGAACUACCUCUGACAGAAUAUCUGAUUCAUAUGUUCAAAAAGCAAAACGACCCGACAUCUCCUGUCAACUCUCUCGCUGUUGACACGAGCAUGCAGACUGCGGAUGACACCUUCCCUCCUAGUUCCAAUGCAACGGAUGAUAUCAUUAAGUCUCAAGAUCAGUCGCAAGAUCAGGCGCAAGAUC